AUGGCGUUGUCCCGUUCGACGAUCGGCACGAGUCUGCUGCAGCAGUUCGUCGGCAAACUGAAAGCCCGCGAGGCGACGCCCGACGAGAUCCUGAAGGCAGAGCAGAUCCUGCAAGGAGUGAUCACUCGCUUCUGCGAGGAAAACCACUGGGACGAAGCCGGUGAAAACGACCUCCGAUUCGCCGCCUCUCUGCUCGACGCCGACAACAAGUCGAACACGUUCAUCAAGUUUCAGAAAGCCGGCGAAAGCGAAUUUUUUGUACAUUUCAUCGCCAUGAAGAGAAUCGAAGACCAGAUCCACAUGGGCUUCGCGUUGCAUCACGUGAAAUUCCUGCUGGCACCGAACAUAGUAAUCACCGAGAAGAACAGCUGGAUAUACCGAAGCUGGUUUCAGCACAUGCAGAAGCCGAAAGAAAAAACCGUAGAUCUCAGUUUGGAAGACAUCAGGAUACUCGAAAACUACUUUCUUUAUCGAGCGAUGAAGAAAUUUGCAGAGGACGUACCGAACAACACGAACCAACUUCCGUACGAAGACAGAAAAUACCUCACCUUGGGCAGUUCAGAUUCGUAA